CGAUUGUCUUUUAUUCGACAGAAUUGUGUUUCACUGCACAUGUUCAUCGAUUUCUGAGGAAUUUAGGGAAAGUAUAUUAAAUUCCUCAAUAAAAUGGGUGCUAUAGCGAGCAGAUAUCGCGUCUCCAAUUCUGGACUAACACCCACGGACAUUAACAAUUUAGAGAAUGCAGACAAACGUGAAAAUCCAGGGACAUUGGAUGAGUUGCACAAAAAAACCAAAGAUGUAAUGCCAGUAAAUUUUGAAGGUGGAAAAUUAAUGGUCAACAAAGGCAUAUCCAACCACUUCCAGAUGUCACACACAUUAACAAUGAGCACAGCUCAGAAUGGCUACAAAUUGGGCGCCACAUACAUCGGCACAAAACAGCUGUCACCAACAGAGGCAUUUCCUGUUCUACUCGGAGAUGUGGAUCCCUCGGGGAACCUCAACUUUAAUCUUAUUCAUCAGCUCACACCAGAGAUAAGGGUCAAAGGAGCUGCUCAGGUUCAAGAAUGCAAGCUAACAGCCACGCAAGGCACGCUAGAAUACAAAGGCUCUGACUAUACGCUCGCCAUGGCGGUCGGCAAGCCCGACUUCAGUGAAAGUUCCUCGGUCUUCGUUGGACACUACCUACAGUCGGUAACGAAGCGACUAGCGAUGGGCGCGGAGCUGGUGUACCAGUCGGGCGCGCGCGUGGUGGGCGGCGAGGUGGCCAUCGCGUCCGGCGCCGCGCGCUACACCAUGGACGAUUCGGAGGUAUCAGCAACACUGGGAGCUGCUGGUUUCCACUUAUGCUAUUUCAAGCAGGCCAGUGAACAACUUCAGGUGGUAGCGGAAAUGGACACGUCGUUCCGAGGCAUGGAGUCCGUGGGCACCAUCGGCUACCAGGUCACCAUUCCCAAGGCGGAGCUCGUCUUCAGAGGAAUGGUAGACUCAAACUGGAACAUCGGAGCCGUCCUGGAGAAGAAGCUGCAGCCCCUGCCCUUCACGUUCGCCCUCUCCGGGAUGGCCAACCAGGCCAAGCAGCAGUUCAAGUUCGGCUGCGGACUCAUCAUCGGCUAGACACCCAAAGAUGCCCACACACUGUCGGUAGUUCUCACGGUGGUGUACUUGGUAUUGUCAUAUUGGCUGUGUGUGAAGUGCGUGGUAUAAUAAUGUAAAACUUGAUUGGUUCAAAUGUUUCAUAUUAUAGUUCGUUUUUUAGUAUUAGAAAGAAGGUAAGUGUUCUUGACGUGUCUUUUUCAUGGCUCGGAACCGGUUUAUAAAAUACCGGUUUAUUUCGGUUUUCCUCCGAACUUUUAUAAGAACGCGAACGUUUUAAGAACUUUAUUGUAACCUAAAAAACCGGUUUAUUCGACGAGUGACUGGCUGACGCAACUAGGAACAAAAAAAGUUUUGUAUGGAGUAUGUUUCGCAAAUCUUUGCCAACGAAUUUAUUCUGUCAAGUUUACAUCAAGUCAACUAAAAAAAAUAGUGAACCGUGAUCAGAGUAAAGAGCGAGUUUGUUACGAUGCCACCGAGAAAACGGUUUACUAAGUGUGAAAUAUGUGGCAAGCGAGCCACUCGAGAAAAUCACGAAAAAAGGGAUUUUAUGGCGAAAUUUCCCUUGGAUGAAGACCGGUUAGUAUUGCUUUACAUGCGUUUGACCUUAUUCAUCGAAACAUCACAUCACAUUUUACAGCGAAAAUUAGAUAUUUUAUAUUAUUUUUAGUUGUGAACUAGGGAUGUACUAAAACUAUAGAUAACUGUAUGUUUAUUUGUAUAUCAGUGUAAAUAAUUAAAUAAAAUGAAAAAUAAUGUAUUAAAUAAAAUAUGUGAAAUUUCCUGUGAACGUGCAAAGUGCUACUUCCUAGUGGGGAAGAAAAAACAAGGUACUGUAAAAAAAAAUCGGGUCCCCAUUAAGCCCGACCACGUAUUAGUCCACUAUAUAACAUACAACUUAAAUGUGGAUUCGAUCCUAACCUAAUUUCGAGUACAAAAUUUGUAGACAGGAGUCUAUGUUUCAACCCUCCCCAUUUUAUCGAUAUCGAUAAGAAACGCAAGCGUGUAGCGUACUACAUUAUUUAAAUCGCUAAUGUUAGUACUAUAGUUCUUUGACAGUUCUUUGUCGUACAUUUUGGUAAUGAUUUGCGAAACAAACUGAUUCCACUCGCUAGUAUGGGAGUCCCGUCUCUUAAAACGUAGUAAUUAUAUGCUCUUUGGAGUGACAUAACGGCCGGCAGGCCUGGAGGUGUGGCACGUAAAUACCGACAUUGGAAGAAACCGGUUUUUAUUGCUCUAAACCGGUUCAUUUGACAAGAACUGUUCUCAUAGAAACCGUUUUAAAAGUAUCGGUUUUUCGAGCGAAACCGAAUUAAAAGUUAUGCGCCAAAUACAUGAUAACGGUUUGGUUAAAAUCAUGUAACUCCUCUGGAGUUGCAGGCGUACAUAGGCUACGGAGACUGCUUACCAUCAGGCGGGCCGUAUGCUUGUUUGACACCGACGUAGAAUAAAAAAAAAUAACGAAAAAAUAAUUAUAAUAUUUUGCUUGCAUAAGUAAUGUAAACAAUUUUUUUAAAAGCGUUUUUCAAUCAUUUUCAAUAAAAAGACACAUUAAGAUUAUUAAUCUUUUUUCUAAUGCUAAAAAAACAGCUAUAUGUGGGUUCUGUCAACUGAAGAGUCAGUCAAAAUUUUCUUGACUCCUGUCGCCAAGUCUUGGGCACGGACUGCACAGACACCGCAUUCAGAAACGUUUGCAAAGAGCACGAGGUCACCACACAUAGGUGCAAAUUUACUUGUAAAAUUAUUUAAUGGUAGUGAGCAAUUUUACAAGUUUUAUUCUGCACCAUUUCAUACUAUGACAGCAUGGACUGGGGCCCAUUUCUCGAACGGUAUUAGUCUAAUAUUAUUAAUGUGUUGCCAUGGUAACCCAUUACACACAGUUCCUUGAUAGUUCGUGUACUAAUAAUAUUAGUCUAAUAUUAUUGAUGUGUUGCCAUGGUAACCCAUACGACUUGACAUUUCGUGGACUAAUAAUAUUAGUCUAAUAUUAUUGAUGUGUUGCCAUGGUAACCCAUAACACUUGAUACUUGUGGACUAAUAAUAUAUUAGUCUAAUAUUCUUAAUGGUGUUAGUCUAAUAUUAUUGAUGUGUUGCCAUGGUAACCCAUAUGACUUGACAGUUCGUGGCCUAAUAAUAUUAGUCUAUACCGUAUUAGUCUAAUAUUAUUAAUGUGUUGCCAUGGUAACCCAUACGACUUAGACACAACCAAUAGUCAAUAGUUUGCAAAUGAGGGAAUUUACACGGUAGAUUUACUUCUAAACAGUGGUGUGGGUUGUAUGUUAGUACUAAAAAUGGCAACAAUUGUGUCCAGACAUAGUGAAUAUACACAUUGUCUCACAACCAAAUGUUACACUGAACUUUACACCGUGAGCCCAUGAAACCCGAGAAUUUCUUUAGAUAAUAAAAUGUCAAAGUUUUUUUGAAAUCGGUCCUGUUUUUGGUAGAAACACUGACUGCAAAAUUUCGUACCAACUUGAUACCGCGAUUAAAUUCAAAAUGGUUUCCUAUAAAAGUGAAGCUAAGUCCGAAUUUGAUAGUCUGCCACGGCGGAACUUGCCGAAAGUACAAGAAAGAAGGCCACUUCCGGUGUGAAAAAUGGGGGCUGAUUUAACCCAUCUGUACCGAAAUAAUAGUUAUGGCAGCAGUUAAUACAAAUUUACUGAAAAUCGAAAUCUGUCAGUAUGUUUUUGGCCCGAAGUGCUUGGCAGGCGCUCUCAAAGGUGACCAUCGGGAGCCCAAAAUAUACCGAUCUAAUACCACCAUGAAACCAAUACCAGUCGGUAGGUAUGAACCCUCAUUUCAGGAAGAAAAAGGUAGGAAGGAAGGGCUUUUCCUGCCGAAACACCUUGUCAGAUGAGAUUACAAUUCCAAAAUACAGGUCCCAUGGAUGUUGCUCACAUCUCCAAAUCAAAAUCUGUCGGUUUAUAUGGGCUCACGGUGUAUAUAUAGUAUAUUUACCAUCCUAUGUGUAUUGCUAUGUUAUUAAUGUUGCUAUCUCAUGACGAGUUCAGACAAAGAACAGUAUAUUAUAAAAUGAUUUCGAAUCAUUAAUUUUAAUUCAUUAUUGUUAUGGACAUUGAAUGUAUGCGUGAAUUGUUUUCCUUUCCGCCAUCUUAUAAUCCGCCACGUCUAAAAAUAUCGAUACGGGCAAAGUUCCAAAAAUAUGUAUACACUACCUUAUUGCCUAUAUUAAGGUCGUGUAUACAUAUUUUUGGCAUUUUGCCCGAAUCAAUAUUUUUACACGUGACUAGGUAUGGUAUGCAUGUAUGUGUUUUGUUACAUACCUUAAAUCCAGUUGCAUUUAAAAGGGAUCUUUGGUAAUGGGUGACUGCUCAAAGAAUUAAGAAAGAAAUGUAUCCUUAUCCAUGUAGUAAUGUUGGUGUCCAGAUAUAGGACCUCGGGGAACGAUUCAAGAAUUUUCACGUUUCACGAUAUGCCUAUGAUAUGAUAUAUAUUUAUCUUCAACUACAUAUACGAGGGUCACUUUUCAAUAUCAAGUCGGACCAAGAUGUCAAAGGACUAUGCGUCAAAAUGGCCCCAAUACCAACAGAGUUGAGAGUAAGGUCAUUAGAUAGGUAUUUCUAUGUACUUCAUUUCGUUCUAUGGGCACCAAGCGAAAUUCCAUUGCAGAACUGAGAUAUUGGUAUUUUAGUCAAAAUGUCGUCACCCUUAUUACCUAGGCAAUAUAGUCCACCGCCGGGCCAGCGCGGCAAAUCAUUCAGUGUGCUCGCCCGGCGGUGCGCGAACAUCUACCCUGCAGUAAUUAAUUUACUUACUUGGACUCUAUUGCCUAGGUAAUAAGGGUGACGACAUUUUGGCUAAAAUACCAAUGUCUCAGUUCUGCAAUGGAAUUCCGCUUGGUGCCCAUAGAACAAAAUGAAGUGCAUAGAAAUACCUAUCUAAUGACCUUACUCUCAUUUCUGUUGGCGUUGGGUCCAGGCUCCAUACAAAGUUGCCCAUGGUCCUUUAUAUAAAAAAUGGCGUUUUGUUCCGUUCAAAUACUAUAUACGUGACUAUAAAACACGUGUUAUACUAUCCGAUAUUUAGAGUUCCUACGUCGGAUUGGAUGGUCUAAUACGUCGUUAAGGGUAUUGAAUAAUUAAGAUAUUUAUGAUUAUAGUAACUUGUGUUACACAAAAUAAAAAUUCAGAAAAAAAUAGUAUUACAAUUUCGUUAGGCGAACCAAAAAUAUGUUAACUCAAAUUUCAUCACAAAUUGUAUUUGGAACUGAAAAUGUUGUAACAUUGCCCAUCUUUGCCACUUUUGCUAUUAUCCUAUCUAAAAACAUGUACCUGCAAUAACAUGUUGCUCAACGAAGGCCGCAAAAAUAUCUGAUCCGAUCUUAUUUGUAGCGCAAAAAGAGCUUUUGACGACCGGUCUGGCCUAGUGAGUAGAGACCUUGCCUAUGAAGCUGAUGAUUCUGGAUUCAAAUCCCAGUAAGGGCAUUUAUUUGUGUGAUGAGCUCGGAUAUUUGUCUAAAGACAACACACUAAAGUUAGUCAUAGGUGUUUUCUAUAUAUUUAACUAUAUCGUUGUCUGAGUACCCGCAACACAAGUCUUCUUGAGCUUUCUGUGGGGCUUAGUCAAUUUGUGUAAUAAUGUCCUAUAAUAUUUAUUAAGAGCGCGUCACAUAUUUUUGCGGCCUUUGUUGUGUUUUUAUUGCAGGUGACUGUACAAUGCGUUUUAAAAAUAUGAUUUAAUAAGAUUUUUGACCGAAUUUGAUCAAACUAAAAUGGGAGGUCUGUUUAAAAUGUUAUUUUAUUGAAGUUACAUUAAAUAGCUUCACUUUUAUUUAGUUUUGUCAAACGGAUACUUGGUGCAAAGUCGUCACAAAACGGGCAAAGUUGCAACACGUGAAGGAUUCACAGUACUCUGUAUAUGUAUUUUCUUUUUUUAUGAGAACGUUUUUAUAUUUGUUAUAAUAAUAUAAAACCCUGCCAGAGAGCAUUUAUUGCGUCACUCUAGGUUUGCCGAACUGUGACUUGCUUAUUUGACUCUUAUUGCUUUGAUAGUAAAAUUGAGAUUAGAAUAGACGAAUAUUUUUUCCUAAGCGAGUUCUUUUCUGACAUUUUUCCUAACGAAGAAAUUGUUUCAAACAGACAUUCGAAUAAAGUUAAUAAAAUUGCCGCUAUAACAUUACUGUAAGGGAUCAUAUACAUAUUUAGGUAUUUUCUGUUCCCAAAGGUUAAAAAAAUUGGUCAAAAAUGAUGUCCAUAAUUUUUAUAUAGCUCUAAACUUCACCGGGACCUGAUUUGGCAGAUUUUUCAUAAACAAAAAUUAAGUACUAAUACUGGCUUUCAAAACAGAACUUGUUUUUCUACAUAACUGACCACAUUUCUGUAUUGUUAAUAAAGAAAUGUAUAUUUUAGACGGAUAACAUCAAUUCAUCUUAAAACUAACAUUAACCCUUUACCAGGCUGACAGUUCAGAAAUGACAAUCGAAUGUCAGUCUUACUCAUCGAAAAUAGAACACAUGUUUGAAGAGCCGCAUGUGGGAAAUAUAUAUCCCUUAGCCUUGUAAACGGUGAACUCCGUGAAAUUUUUUAAACGGGAUAGUUUUAUUCGCAAUAAACUUGUUCAUUGAGUGGAGUAUUAGACCGAUACGCGGGUCCUAGAGAGCGAGGCCACCCGAGCGACCGCAUGUAGAUAAAUGGCGCACUGUACAUAGAAGCCUGUUGUUGAAAUGUUUAUUUUUAAUAGAGUUAUGUUAAUAAAUCA